AUGAGUCACAUCGGUAAGAAAUUCACGACACUCUCAACGACGGCCGAAGUUGGCGGCGGCGAUGGCGUCGACGAUCUCAACAUUAUGAUGGCGGCUAGAGAAUCGCAAAUUGUGCAAGAAGACAAAAUGCUCGGCGGAUUCGUGGGAGCCAAAGAGAUCGGAAUACUUGCGGCUGUCUCGCUCUCAAUCUACCUGAUCAAUGGAACGCAUGCGCAGGCAGUAUGCACAGCACUCACCUCAGUUCCUCCAGCUCUCUUCUCCUAUCGUGUACUCAUCAAUCCUAGAACCACUCGAGAUGGAUAUCACUCCAUCCUGUUCUAUUGGACUCUUUACGGUGUGAUGGCACUUGCUGAUCAGUUAUUCGGCGAUGCUCAAGGCUACCACUUCAUCAAAGGCUCAUUGCUUGUCAGUGUGUUCUGGCAUGCUCUUCGCGCCAAUCCGUCCUCGAUUCCACGCUCGCUUCGCUUCAUCGAUGAAGCGACUUCGCACGUCGCCUCAGCGCUCACUCGAUACGAUUCGCAGGGUUUCGAGAAGCUCACCGAAACGUCGGAUUUCAUGCCGAGAUCGCCGACGAUGACGCAAUUCUCGGAAGACGAUGAAUCAGAAUACAUGUUGCCAACGUCGCCAAUUCCCGACGAAUCCGAAGCGACCGUAUUAGAGAAUCCGAAUGAUUUCGAUCUUACCACGGCAUGCAGCUUUAUUCCAUCGAUGGAAAUGCAGACGACUCAGAAACCGUCUCCGGAAGAUCAGAAGAAUCAGAUUCGCGUCGAAACGGGAAAAGACGCCGAAGAGAAAUUAUACGUCGGCUACGAAUCGACGGGAUUCCGUCAAGCAAUUCGCGCACCGACUCCAAUUCAUCGACAACAGUUUUUGUCGAUGUCGGCAAUGACACUCACGAACGGCGGUGCAGAUAUUGUCACGAAUCCACAUGACAAGCUUGAAUUCAGCCGCGAAGUCAGAGAAGUUCCUAUUCGAGUAACAAAUAUCUCAGCGCUUCAUCUCAUGUUUGCUCUUAAGACAAAUGCAGACACUUAUCUUGUUGCUGCUCCAACGACGGGCGUUAUCAAAAGCGGAGACACUUUGACAAUUCGAGUCGGCGUCGCCGACCACUUCUUCAAACAGUUUUCAGAUCUUGGAAGGUCCAUCGACAAGCUCGCUAUCGAUUAUAUGCUGAUUCCACAAGGUGAAAAAGAUAUCAACGAGUUUUCUUAUCAAUUCUUCGCACAACACAAUCGCCGUCGUCAUGCGAUUCGUGUAUUUUACAAGUAA